GCUUUGACGCGUCAUGCGUGACGAGCGCGUCUCUCACGGCCGCCACUGUCUCACCGCGGCCUCCGUAACGGAGUCCGCAAGCAAGGCACCUGUGUGCAUUAGAUAAUGUAUCUUGCCUUUCGCCCCCAUCUCGCUCCUCGUUGCUUAGCAUCCGCUCUACGCCCUUUGUCAAACUCGUCCAGGUCCUUCUCCAGCAACUUUCUGACCAGAAUGCCUCGCACAGCAGAAACCGCGAACUACAAGUUCAACCAUACGAUGCUGCGCGUCAAGGACCCGAAGGUGUCGCUGAAAUUCUACACCGAGGUGCUCGGGAUGGAUCUCGCGGACAAGGCUGAAUUCGAAACGUUCACGCUCUACUUCCUCUCCUACAACCACGGCAACGAGACCACAGACCACGUCACGCGUUUCGGGCGCGAGGGUGUGCUCGAGCUGACGCACAACCACGGCACCGAGUCAGACCCCAACUUCCAGGGCUACGCGUCCGGCAACAGCGAGCCCGGCCGCGGCUUCGGUCACAUCGCCAUCGCCGUGCCCGACGUCGAGGAGGCCUGUGAGCGCUUUGAGCGUCUUGGGGUCAAGUUUCAGAAGCGCCCCUCGGACGGGAAGAUGAAGCACAUCGCGUUCAUCCUCGACCCCGAUGGCUACUGGAUUGAGAUCAUCAAGGGGUACUCUCCGUGAGUAUUCUCGGCUGACAAAGUCGUAGAGAAGAUAACUGGACGUGUAUGAUACGGAGAAGAUCU